CAAGGUAGUCGUUUCUUCGACAAUUGCCAAAACCCUAAAACUAUAGAGAGGCUGCUACAAACCGUAGUCUCUUCCAAUUAGUUUCUGAUAUCAAAUCCAACAAACUAAGGUGCGAAAAUGGUGAAGAGGAGUAAAAAGAGUAAGAGUAAGAGAAUUACUCUGAAGCAGAAGCACAAGGUCAUAAGGAAGGUGAAGGAGCACCAUAAGAAGAAGGCUAAGGAGGCCAAGAAGCUCGGAUUGAAUCGCAAGAGCAAGGUCGAGAAAGAUCCUGGUAUUCCCAAUGACUGGCCUUUUAAGGAACAGGAGCUUAAGGCUCUCGAAGCUCGCCGGGCUCGCGCUAUUGAUGAAAUGGAGCAAAAGAAAGUUGCCCGUAAAGAAAGGGCUCGGAAGAGAAAGUUGGGAUUGUUGGAAGAUGAGGAGGAAGAUGAUACCAAGUUGUCUGCAAUAGAAGAGGAAAAGACUGGUGACGAUGCUUCUGUAUUUGGGAAAAACCGGGAUAGCUCAGAUAGGGCUUUCUACAAGGAGUUGGUAAAAGUUGUAGAAGCUUCAGAUGUCAUUUUGGAGGUUCUUGAUGCUCGGGAUCCAUUGGGUACCCGUUGUGUUGAUAUGGAAAAGAUGGUGAUGAAAUCGGGUCCUACUAAGCAUCUUGUGUUGCUGCUGAAUAAAAUUGAUCUUGUUCCUCGAGAAGCUGUUGAGAAAUGGCUCAAUUAUCUCAGAGAAGAGUUGCCGGCUGUUGCUUUCAAGUGCAGCACUCAAGAGCAGAGAUCAAAUUUGGGGUGGAAAUCUUCCAAGGCAGCUAAAACUACUAGUAGUCUUCUUCAGACAAGUGAUUGUCUUGGAGCUGAUACUCUCCUUAAAUUGUUAAAAAAUUACUCAAGAAGUCACGAUAUCAAAAGAUCUAUUACGGUGGGUGUAAUUGGCUUGCCAAAUGUUGGUAAGAGUAGUUUGAUUAACAGUUUGAAGAGAUGCCAUGUUGUCAAUGUUGGUGCCACUCCAGGAUUGACUAGAUCAAUGCAAGAGGUUCAGCUAGACAAGAAUGUUAAAUUGUUGGAUUGUCCUGGUGUUGUUAUGCUUAAAUCUAAAGAAAAUGAUCCAUCCGUAACACUUCGAAACUGCAAAAGAAUUGAGAAGUUAGAGGACCCGGUUAGUCCAGUGAAGGAAAUUCUCAAGCUUUGUCCGGCCAAACUGUUGGUAACUCUAUACAAAAUUCCAAGCUUUGAGACAGUAGACGACUUUCUACAGAAGGUGGCCACUGUCAGGGGUAAGCUAAAAAAGGGUGGUAUUGUAGAUAUUGAAUCUGCCGCAAGAAUUGUUCUACAUGACUGGAAUGAGGGCAAGAUUCCGUACUACACCAUGCCCCCAGUUAGGAACCAAGAUGAAACUACUGAAGCAAAGAUUGUUACAGAACUUGGCAAAGUGUUUAGUAUUGAAGAAGUAUACAAUGGAGAAUCUUCGUUCAUCGGAAGCCUCAAAUCUGUUGAUGAUUUCAUCGAACCUGUUGAGGUCCCCCCAAGCAAUCCACUUAAAUUUGAUGAAGACAUGGUAGAGGAUGAUGGUCAACGAAAGUCAACUCAAGGUGAAGGAAGUUCUCAGUUGGCUGAUAAUGGUGAAGAAGAUGAGGAUGACCAGGUGAUGAAAUCUGAAGAAAAUAAUGCAACAGGCAAGGAGGCCAAGGUAAAAACAGCUAAAAGCAAGCAAAAUGAGAUGUUAUACACUGCAGAGGGUAUUUUCAAUCCCAAGUUGAAGAAAGCAGAAAAGAAGAGAAAGAAAAAAGCCACUAAACUAACCCAAGGAGAUUCAAUGGAUGACGAUUAUGACUUCAAGGUGGAUUACAAGAAGGGAGCUUCUAUGGAUGUCAGUGAUGCCGAGGAAUAAGUUUUUUAUUUUUAGGUUAUCUUGUUAGUCACAGUUUUGCUUUGCCUUGAUUUUUUUGUUUUCAUUUUUGGGAAAAAAUUCAUAUCUGAAACUCGAUUUACAAAUGUAAGAAAAUGUUGUAUUCUGAUAUAAUUAGCCCACUUAUUAAUUCUAUCA